CGGCAGGGAUGCGAUGGCGGAGUCGCUGCCCCUGGAGGUGAGAAGAAGCCGCCCUCAGGCCUAGCUCCGGACAGGCCCCGCCCUUGGGGUCCCGAGCUUUGGGGAGGGGCUGUCAGUAAGCUCGACUGGCACCUCCCGCCUGGCGGAAACGACCCGCCCGGUGGAUCCCAGGAUCUGCAAGCUCUGGAUGCUCACGUAUAUUCUGAGCUUCCUUCCUCUGUCAGAUCAGAAAGAGGCCUCUCUCGUGAGUCGGGCUUGGUACUGUGCAGCCCAGAAUGCCCUUCGGGAGACAAACGUGCGGUACAACAUCCCAGUGUCUUCUGCCUCCCUUUUGGCCAUCAAGAGCUUGGGCCUCAGGGGCAUCUCCUGCAUCAGCCUGACGAACCUGGACAGCUCACCAACUUCACAGCUGGUGCUGCAGUCUGUCGCCUAUCAUCUAGGCCCACACCUACAGAGCUUGUGCCUGGGUGGGGGCAAUCCCACAGAGGCUUCCUUUGUGGCCCUGAUCCUGGGAUGCCCAGCCCUGCGCACCCUUGACCUCAGUGGCUGCAACAGCCUCUUCACAUCAGGCACACUGCUAGCUCAGCCAGAGAUGGCACAGCGUGUCCGGCAGGCGUUGAGUGGCCUGCGUGAGCUCAACCUGGCUUGCCUGCGGAACCUGGCUGAUCUCAGCUUCAACCAGCUCAGCAGCUGUGCCCCCAGCCUGGAGCGCCUCUCCCUGGCCUAUUGCCAUCUCACCUUUGAGCUAGGCCCAGCCCAGGGUUCCAUCAGCCCCCAGGAUUACUCUCCCUCCCAACUCUCCUUCCGUAACCUGCUGCGAUUUGUGAAGGAGCGAGCUGGCAAACUUCGUGCCCUAGAUCUGAGUGGCACCGGCUUACCACCUGAGGCCCUACAGUCCCUGGGCCAAGUAGCUGGGCUACAGCUGCAGGAGCUGAGCCUGCACAGCUGCCGGGACCUCUCCACAGAGGCUGUGGUCACCCUGUGCCGCCAGCAACCAGGCCUUACUUCCCUGGACCUCAGUGGCUGCUCAGAACUGACUGAUGGGGCACUCUUGGCCGUGAGCCGUGGCCUGCAGCACCUGCAGCACCUGAGCCUGGGAAAGUUGCAACGGCUGACAGAUGCAGGGUGUACAGCCCUUGGGGGCCUGCGAGAGUUGCAGAGCCUGGAUAUGGCUGAGUGCUGCCUGGUAAGCGGGCGGGAACUGGCCCAGGCCUUGGGCUCAGUGCAUGGAGCUCCACCCCCACUGACCUCCCUCAGGCUGGCUUACUGCUCUUCGCUGAAGGAUGCCUCAGUGCUCUCUCUGAUCCCAGCGCUGGGCCCAAGCCUUAGAGUGCUAGACUUGUCCUCCUGUGUGGCCCUCUCCAAUCAGACCCUGCAGGCCAUCUGCACCUACCACACCCACCUCUCUGUUCUGCGCCUGGCUUGGUGCAAGGAGCUCUGCGACUGGGGGCUUCUGGGGCUAGAAGAAUCAAGAGUUUUUAAGGGCAAACUCAGGAAGAACCUGAAAAGCAGAGGUUUCUCCCCACAGCUACACCCAGAGCUAGAGCAUCAUGCCUCAGGUUCUGAGGAUGCUUCUCCCAUGCCACAGGGUCCAUCCCUGCUCACACUGCAGGCCCUGCAGGAGUUGGACCUGACAGCCUGCAGCAAGCUGACUGACGCCAGUUUGGCCAAGGUCCUCCAGUUCCCCCAGCUGAGGCAAUUGUCACUGAGCCUGUUGCCAGCACUCACAGACGUGGGCUUGGUGGCAGUGGCCAGAGGCUGCCCCAGCUUGGAGCACUUGGUGCUGAGUCACUGCAGCCACCUCACCGACGAGGGAUGGGCCCAGGCAGCAGGGUCCUGGCCAAGGCUACAGCACCUCAACCUGUCCAACUGUAGCCAACUCACAGAGCAAACUCUGGAUACCAUUAGGCAGGCGUGCAAGCAGAUCCGGGUGUUGGACGUGGCCAUGUGCCCGGGUAUUAACGUGGUAGCUGUCAGACGUUUCCAGGCCCAGCUGCCUCAGGUGACUUGUGUCCAGUCCCGCUUCGUGGGAGGGGCGGACCUGACCCUAACACUCUGAGGCCAGACCCCUUGUCUAAGCAUGGCGAUGGGACCGAUCCAGGGCAUCCCAGGGGACUUCCUGCCCAUGGCCAAGCAGCAGCAGCUUUCCAACCACAUGUCGCUGCCUUGGGCCCAUGAGAAUGCCAGCUACGUGUUGCUGCCACAGGGUCCUGAUGUCCCUGCCAAGAGGCCAACCCACAGGCAGGCUGAGCAGGAGCUGUGCCUCCUGUUCCCUCCCCAACUUAGACCUAAAGCAUGUGCUCCACCUGCUGCCUAGAGGCAUUCUUCCAGUCCCUAUAAGCACUGAGCUGCAGCAGACAGCCACCAACUUUGCUGUCAACCUA